GCGGCUCCCGCCCCACUCCGGCAAGAUGGCGGCGCCCAGCAGCUAGGGCCGCACGUGUGUCUGGGUCCCGGCGCCCCGCGGAGGAGGCCCCGGCGGCUGCGCCCGGGCUCGGAGCCCGCUCGCUCGGGGCCAUGAAGCCCAAAUCCGCCUCGCACAAGUCCGAGAACACGCACAGGUUUCUCACCUUCUCUGAACGCUUAGGCAAUGUUAAUAUCGAUAUUAUUCAUCGGAUUGACAGGACUGGGAGCUAUGCUGAGGAGGUUGAAACCUACUUUUAUGAAGGACUGCAGAAAUGGAGAGAACUGAACCUCACACAGCACUUUGUGAAAUUCUACAAAGAAGUGGCCGGCAAAUGCCAGUCAUUCAACCAGCUGGUGUAUUAUCAGGAUGCCAUAGUGCAGAGCUUGAAGACUCAUCUGCAAGUCAAAAACAGUCUUGCAUAUCAGCCCCUUUUGGACCUUGUGGUACAGCUGGCUCGAGAUCUCCAGACAGACUUCUACCCUCACUUUCAAGACUUUUUUCUGACCAUCACCAUGUUAUUGGAUACCCAAGACACAGAGCUGCUAGAAUGGGCUUUUACCACUCUUUCCUACCUUUACAAAUAUCUGUGGAGACUGAUGGUGAAGGAUAUGGCCAAUAUAUAUAGUUUAUACAGUACCUUGUUGGCACACAACAAACAACACAUCAGAAACUUUGCUGCAGAAAGCUUCACCUUUCUAAUGAGGAAGGUUUCUGAUAAAAAUGCGCUUUUCAAUGUAAUGUUUCUUGACCUGGGAGAGCACCCAGAAAAAGUAGAAGGCGUGGGACAGUUACUCUUUGAGAUGUGCAAGGGGGUUAGGAACAUGUUUCACUCCUGUGCAGAGAAGGCUAUAAAGUUCAUUCUGCUAAAGCUUGGGCCCAUUACCGAGAUUGAAGCUAAACUCCCAUGGAUUAUUGUUGGAGAAGCUUUCAAACAUAUGGUAAAAUCGGCUGCAGUGCAUAUCUACAAGGAGCAUUUUGAGGUUCUUUUCAAAUGUUUGGAAGAAUCAGUGUUAGAAUUGCAGGAGAGAAUAACAAAGGCCAACUGCUGCGAAAUCUCAGAACAGAUUGAAAGGAUAUUGCAAGUGUAUUUGAUCCUAGCAGAACAUGCAAAUGGGUCCAAAAUCUCUCAACCUGAAGCAGUUUGUAAGACGUUAGCAAAAAUGUUACAAACAUCUGAUCUCUCGGUGCCUUGCUGUAAGACUCUGCUUAAAACGCUUUCUGUUUUGCUGCUUGCUGAGAAUGUUUUCCUGCCAGAUGCUGUGACCAAGGAAACCAUUGAGAAGGUAUUUGGAAGUGGGUUUGAAAGGCGCCUCCUUUUGGAUUUCUCCAAAACAGUGUUUUCAAUGAAUGAGUUUGAGCAGCAUUUUCUUCCAUGCUUUCUAGAGUACAUCGAGGACUGCUUCUCUGGAGAGGAUGUGCUAGCUAGGGAUGAGGCCAUGGCAAUUUUGGCUAAACUCAUUCUGGAGAAAGCAGAACCUCCCACUGUUGGCUCAAUGGCUUUUGAAAAAUAUCCCCUUGUUUUUACAGAACCACCGAUAGGAUCCAAUACAAGACUCAAGAUGAGUAGGAGAAAUGGAGAAAGGAAACAAAUGCCAGUGUUGGAUCAUAUUCUGUCUCUAAUCCACUUACCAGAAAAUGAAGACAUUAUUGAUCUUUCACAUCCUUGGGCUGCCCUUGUUGUACUUCCGCAUGUUAGACCAAUAGACAAGGAAAAAAUCCUGCUACCAGUUACAAGUUUUAUAGAAUCUCUCUUCCUGGCUAUUGACAGAGGAAGGCUCCGCAAAGGAGGCUUGUAUGUGGCCUGCCAAGCUGUGAGCACGCUACUUAGUUUAGCAGAAUCUUCUGAAAUUCUCCGUUUGUUACCUGUGGAACGUGUGAAGAACUUGGUGAGCACCUUUCCUUCAGACCUAUCAGCCUUGCUACUGGCUGAUCUCUAUUAUACGCGGUUGGCUUUGUGUGGUUGCCAGGAUCCUCUUUCCCAUGAGAACUUAAUGGAUUUGUUUGAUAAACUGAAAACAAAUAUUUCCUCCAGCAUCUCCAAGGUCCGACUCUUGACAAUAAGGAUUUUAAAUCAUUUUGAGGCUCAGCUUCCUACAUCAACCAAGGAUGAUGCAACAGGAGAGCUUCAGUCCGUGUUUGCCAUAUUACUUCAAGCUGAACUCGUGCCAGCCAGUGUGAAUGAUUAUAGAGAAAAACUUCUUCAUUUAAGGAAACUGAGGCAUGACGUGGUGCAGUCUGCAGUACCAGAUGGACCUUUACAUGAGGUGCCUCUUCAGUAUUUACUGGGAAUGCUCUACAUUAACUUCAGCCCUCUCUGGGAUCCUGUUGUUGAGCUCAUAACAUCUCAUGCAAACGAAAUGGAGAAUAAACAGUUCUGGAAAGUCUAUUAUGAGCACUUGGAGAAAGCGGCUGUCUAUGCUGAGAGGGAGCUGCAAGAUAAGCUGAGUGAAGAGCAGGCAGGCACUGCAGAUGCAGAAAGUGAGAAGAUCCGAGAAGGAAAUGUGGGAAGCCUGUAUCUCGAGCAGUUGAGGUUUAGAACGGAUUGCAGUGAGCGGAUAGAUUACGCAAACUUCCGGUUUCUGCUUUGGAAGGCAUUGGCCAAGGUUCCAGACAGAGUGGAGCCCAGGUCAAGGGAGCUUUCCCCGCUUCUCUUGAGAUUCAUUAGCAAUGAGUAUUACCCAGCAGAUUCUCUAGUGGCUCCAACCCAGGAUCUUAGAAAGAAAAACAGUGGUGUAGCAGAAGAGGAAGAAAAACCCACUGAAGAGAUACACCAAGCUACCAAGGAGGAGGAGAAAGAGGAGGUGGAGGGAAUGGACGAACCGGUGGUUGAAGGGUUGCAAAAAAAGAAAACAAGAAGAGCUGCAGCAAAGCAGCUAAUAGCCCAUUUGCAAGUUUUCUCCAAGUUUUCGAAUCCACGUGCGCUGUAUCUGGAACCAAAGUUAAAUGAGUUGUACAAUCAGCUGUUGUCCCAUCAAGACCAGAAUGUACAAAAAGUAGCCCUUGACUGCAUCAUGACCUACAAGCAUCCACAUCUACUGCCAUACAAGGAGAACUUGCAAAGAUUACUGGAAGAUAAGAGCUUUAAAGAAGAAAUAGUCCAUUUCAGCAUAUCCGAGGAGAACACUAUAGUUAAAAUGCAACACCGACCAGAUCUUGUUCUUGUUCUUAUGAGAAUUCUGUAUGGGCGGAUGAGAAACAAAACUGGAAGCAGAACUCAGGGCAAAUCUGCUGCAGGCACCCGUAUGUCAAUUGUUCUGAGGUUCCUUGCUGGCUCGCUGCCUGAAGAGAUCAGAAUGUUCCUGGACCUGCUCUUUGAACCUGUGAAGCACUUCAGUGCUGGACCGUGCCAGGUUGCAGUACUCCAAACAAUAUCAGAACUGGAUUUAUCUAAAGUCCUGCCUCUAGGCCGCCAGCACAGUCUGUUCAACAGCUUUGAGGUUGUACUGAAAAAUAUGGGCCAUCUGAUCACCCGGUACUUACCUGAGAUUUUACAGAUUUUACUUUGUAUGACAGCAACAGUAUCCCACAUCCUUCAACAAAGAGAGAAGAUCCAACUAAGGUUUAUUAACCCACUGAAAAAUUUGAGGCGUCUUGGGAUCAAACUUGUGGCAGAGUUUUUUUCUGAUUUUGAGACCUACAGCUUUACAGUGGAUGAGAUUGAUGCCAUUUUUGAGGCAGUGAUAUGGCCCCAGAUCAGCAGGCUCGCUUCUGAGAGCCAGUAUUCUCCUACUCUGUUACUCAAACUCAUUCACAUCUGGAGCAAGAAUUCCAGAUAUUUCCCUUUGCUGGCCAAGCAGAGACCAGGGCACCCAGAAUACGAUACGCUGUUGAAUGUCUUUGCUCUGCUGUCCACCAAGAAUCUCUGUGAGGCGACAGCUGGUGUUGUGAUGGAUGUGGCUGACAACCUCCUCAAUAGUCCAGAUUUUGAACCCACAGACCUGGUUUCCAGCUUGACAGUGACUGACUGCGUUUGUUUAGAGUCUGACACCGAUGGAAUGACAGAAGAGUCCCCCAGCUUGGGUGCACGGUUAAUUCUGCCUCACGUUCCUGCAGUACUUCAGUAUCUCAGCAAAACCAUGUUAAAUGUGGAAAAGGUGAAAAAGAAAAAGUUCAGAGCUCAAGUCAGCAAAGAGCUCAACAUUCUUUCCAGGAUCAGCAAGUUUAUACAGGACAAGGGUCAGAGUUCUGUGCUCAUCAGCCUCCUCCUCCCUUUCCUUCACCAGAGUAGCAUUAUGCAGGAUACAGAGAUUGACAUCUUGGUGACAGUGCAGAACUUGCUGAGGCAUUGCUUAAACCCCACAAGCUUCCUUAAGCCUCUGGCAAAACUAUUUUCGGUUAUCCAGAACAAAUUAUCUCGACAGACACUCUGUGUGGUUUUUCAGACUUUAUCUGAUCUGGAAGGUGAAUUGAAAUACAUUACGGAGGUAGUUAAGUUGAAUGCCUUUGAUCAACGACAUCUCGAUGAUAUCAAUUUUGAUGUUCGCUUGUCAGCGUUCCAAGGAAUCACUUCUCAGGUCAAAGAAAUGCAAAGAGUGGACAUCAACUUUCUUAUUCCAGUUAUGCAUAACUGUUUCUACACCAUACAGUUAGGGGACAUGUCUUUAAGUGACAGUGCCAGCCUGUGCUUGACCAGUAUUAUCCACCGGAUAGCAGAAAUCAGCCACACGGAAGAUGAAUACAAAGAAAUAAUCCAGCACACUCUCCUGCUGUCUCUGAGAAAAGGACUGAAGAGCAAGACUGAGAACAUUCAACAAGACUAUACUUCGUUACUUUCCUGCUUGAUUCGAACUUUUCCAAAGCACCCAGAGUUUCAAGACUUGGUCCAGCUAACUGACUGUCAUGAUCCUGAGGUGGAUUUCUUUGAGAACAUGAAACAUAUUCAGAUCCACAGAAGAGCUCGAGCCUUAAAGAAAUUGGCGAAGCAGCUAACUGAAGACAAAAUCGUACUGUCCUCCAAAUCUCUGCAGAACUACAUCAUGCCUUAUGCAACUACGACACUUUUUGAUGAGAAAAUGCUUAAGCAUGAAAAUAUGAUAACAGCUUCAGUUGAAGUUGUAGGCGCUGUUUGUAGGCGUCUCUCUUGGUCAGCAUAUAUGUACCAUUUAAAACAUUUCAUACACGUUUUGCAAACUGGACAGAUGAAUCAAAAACUGGCUGUCAGCUUGUUAGUGACUGUGCUAGAAGCUUUUCAUUUUGACCAUGAAACCCUUGAAAAGCAACUUGAGACUCUUCAGAAUGAAGAUGCAGAGGCCAUGGAUGCUGAGGAAGCAGCAGAGAAUGAAGCCAUGGAAUUGGAGCAGAGUGAGGGGGAGGAGGAGGCUGAGGGAGACAAGAGCAAGAACCUGCCUGAGGACAGUGAGAAGCAGGGGGAUCCUGCACUGAUUCAGCAUGAACAGGCAGGCACCGGAGAAUCUGAGGAGACCCAGAAAGCCACAAAAUCCAUUUCUUCCCUUCCCAGAAAUAAGGAGGAGCUGGAGUGUCUGAUUGAACACAUUCAAGGAACAGUAACUGGCAGCAUCUUGCCCAAAUUACACAGGUGUCUUGCCGCAAAGGUGAAAAGAGAUGAGGAACACAAGCUUGUGAAAUCCAAGGCUGUGAACGAUGAAGAGGUGGUUCGGGUGCCAUUAGCAUUUGCCAUGGUCAAGGUGAUGCAGUCUCUCCCACAAGAGGUCAUGGAAGCUAAUCUGCCAAGCAUUCUUCUGAAAGUCUGCUCGCUUCUGAGGAACCGGGCGCAGGAAAUCCGGGACAUCGCACGCAACACCCUCACCAAAAUCAUGGAGGCUUUAGGAGCACGGUACCUGCAGUAUGUCUUAAGAGAGAUGCAGUCGAUUCUCAUCCAUGGCUACCAGGUCCAUGUGCUGACUUUCACUGUGCACCUGUUACUGAAAGGCCUGACCAGCAGGAUUAGCACUGGCGAUUUGGACACCUGCUUAGACAUUAUGAUUGAGAUUUUCAAUCAGGAGCUGUUUGGGGAUGUUGCUGAGGAAAAGGAAGUGAAGGGGAUAGUCUCCAAGGUCAUGGAGGCUCGCAGAAGCAAGAGUUACGAUUCUUACGAAAUCCUUGCCAAGUACGUAGGGAAGGACCAAGUCACGAAGCUCAUUCUUCCUUUGAAAGAGAUUUUAGAGAGCACCAUGAGCUUGAAAAUGUCCCGCAAGGUGAACGAAACGUUACGUCGCAUCAUGUCAGGGUUGAUCCUAAAUCCGGAAAUGAGUGCAGAAUCCAUUCUCGUGCUCAGCCACGGCCUGAUCAGCGAAAAUCUGCCCCUGCUAACGGAAAAAGCCAGAACGAAAGCCCCGGCUCCUCCAGAUCCUCGUCUGCAACCAGAAAGCUGCCUGUUACUCCCACCCGUCCCAGCUCGAGGCGGGCAGAAAGCACCUGUUAGCAGCAAGACUAACAUGCAUAUCUUGGUCGACUCAGGACUUAGGCUACUACACAUGAGCCUGAAGAGAUCCAAAAUAAAUUCCUCAGAUGAGCAUGUGUUAGAAAUGUUGGAUCCUUUUGUUCAGCUGCUUAUAAAUUGCCUGCAAUCCACGGAUGUUAAGGUGAUCACUGGCGCCCUGCAGUCUUUGGUGUGGAUUUUAAAGUUCCCUUUGCCUUCUAUUGAAAAGAAUACAGAGCAACUAACCAAGCAGCUUUUUCUGCUGCUGAAGGACUUUGCCAAGCCAGGAGCAGCCAGGGGCCAGAACUUCCAUUUGGUGGUGAACUGUUUCAAAUGCGUAACUAGACUUGUGAGGAACACAAACAGUCACAUAACAGAGAAACAGCUCCAAGUGUUGCUGGGAUAUGCUGAAGAAGAUAUCUAUGAUUCCUCGCGUCAAGCCACUGCCUUCGGCCUUUUAAAGGCUAUUUUAUCCAGAAAGCUGAUUGUUCCUGAAAUCGAUGCCGUCAUGCAGAAGGUUGCCAAGUUUGCCAUCACAGGCCAGAGUGAGCCAGUGCGAGUCCAGUGCAGGCAGAUUUACCUGAAAUACAUUCUCGACUAUCCCCUUGGUGACAAGCUGAAACCCAAUUUGGAGUUCAUAUUUGCUCAGCUCAAUUAUGACUAUGAGACAGGAAGAGAGUCUGCGUUGGAGAUGAUUGCUUACCUCUUCGAAAUGUUCCCUCAGGGAUUACUCCAUCAAUACUGCGGGCUGUUCUUUGUCCCUCUCUGUAUGAUGAUGGUAAAUGACGACUCUGCCAAGUGCAAGAAAAUGGCAGCCAUGGCAAACAAAUCUCUGCUCAUUAAAGUAAACUCUGCAAACCGAGAUCUGAUGUUCUCACUAGUCACCAUGUGGUUUAACAGCGAGAAGAGCUCACACAAGAGACUAGCCACCCAGGCCUGUGGUUUGUUCGUGGAAGCCGAGGGAGUGGCGUUUGAAAGUCAACUUGGAGCCGUUCUCCCACUGAUAGAAAAAGAAAUUGAACCUCUGAAAUUUGAAGAUAUAACAGAAGAGACUGAAGAAAAGGCAGCAGACAGAUUGUUGUUCAGUUUUCUUACUUUGAUAAUAAAAUUAAUCAAGGAAUGCAACAUUAUUCUGUUAACCAAACAUAAUGAGAUUUUGAGCAAUAUCUGGCGUCACGUUCAGUCCCAUUUGUGGUACCCUCACAGCUGGGUGUGGCUGACUGCUGCUCAGAUUUUUGGCUUGUUGUUUGCUUCUCACAAGCCAGAGGAACUUGUUAGCAAAUGGAAUGAGAGGAAGGCAGGCAAGAGCAAAAAAACCAUGGUGGAGCCAGCAGCGACCAGGUUCUUCACAGAUGAGCUGGAUAAAAAGAUGAAGGAACUUGCUUUAGCGUUCUGUCACCAGCUGCAGUCCAGGUUCCUGGAUCAGUCUCUGGGAGAGCAGGUUAUAAAGAACUUGUUGUUUGUGGCCAGAGUUCUCUACCUUCUGGUCCCAGAUUCAGAGGAAGGGGAGGAGACCAAAGAUUAUGAAAUGGGAGGGCAGGAGGAUGCUUCUGAAGACGAAGGUGAAAAGGCAGCAUCUGCUCAGGAAGAGAAGGAAGGCGAAGCAGAAGAGAAAAGCAGACCAGCCACAGUGUUGUGGGUGAUGAAAAGACUCUCUCUGAUGGCAAAGCGAGAAGCAGCAUAUUCCCCUAAAAACCCUGUGAAGAGAACUUGCAUCUUUAAGUUCCUUGGAGCUGUAGCAGUGGAUCUUGGGAAAGACAGGAUCAAGCCAUACCUUCCAACAAUCAUCACCCCUCUGCACAGAGAGCUGAGUAGCACCUACGCAGAACAAGAUCCAACACUGAAGAACCUAUCCCAGGAAAUCAUAGAACUGCUCAAGAAAUUAGUUGGCCUGGAGACCUUUUCACUUGCCUUUGCUUCUGUGCAGAAACAGGCUAGUCAGAAGAGGGCUAUCAGGAAAAAACAGAGAGCACUGCAGACUGUAGCGAACCCUGACAUUGCUGCCAGGAAGAAGCUGAAGAAACAUAAGAAUAAAAUAGAAGCAAGGAAGAGGAAAAUAGAAUUCCUGCGCCCUGGCUACAAGGCAAAGAAACCAAGAAGCCAUGCGCUAAAAGACUUAGCAAUGGUGGAAUGAAACAUACUUGGAAACAGCUGUAUGGUCAUGUAUAUAUUUGACGCAUAAACCUGAUUGUGCAGUACUGGAGGACUCUCAGUGCUCUGAAUAUCUCAGCAAGUAAUUUCUUUCCAACACCUAACACAGGGUAGAGAGCUACAGCCUCUCAGUAUUUUUUUUUUUUUACAUGAGUUCAAUCUUAAUGUAUUUAAAUUGUAAUUAAUUGUAAAGUCUGCACAGAUCUUAUGUAAAAACCAUCAAGCUGUUUGCUCUCCUUUCAUGCAGAGCAUGCAACAGGCUGACUUGCCAUGCAUGAGUAAAAUAUGGAACACAUGAAUGUACAGUUUAAUAUACUAAGACUGUGCAUUUUUCUAAUUAAAUAUGUUUGAAAGCA